GCCCUCUUCUCGACUUUCUAUCCCUCCUCCUCAACACCCCUUCCUUCUUGAAAUGGGCUUUGGGGUGGUUAACCAAGCCCAGGGAAAUUUGCGUGGCCCAGCAUCUUCCGCCCGCUGCAGGAGGAGCACACGCCCCCGCCCCCGGUCAGCAAGACGCGAGAAGGCGGCCAAGCCAGGCGUCCGGGAGCUGAGGCGGGAGAGCGCCUGGCAGGCAGGGCGGGGCCCAGGCAGCGGGAGUGCUUACGACGGGCGCUCGGGGGAACUUCUGGACGCCAAGGGGCCACUAUAAAGCGGCAGUCUUGAGCCUUCGCUCUUCACCUAAACCAGUGAGCGCCCUUCGCAAAGCCUCUGUGGAGGUAACCAUUGGGGGUUCGCCUCCAAACCCAGGAAUGCACCUCAAAAAUGCUCCCACACCGUAAGACCUUGUCCUUUAAUGCAAAUGGCACUGUGCGGCGAGGCCCAGACAAUCCGUAACCCUGAGACCACUGAAAGCCGGCACCCCAGCGCCGGUGCGCGAACGUGGAGAUGGGGGUGGGGAAGAGAGGUGGAGGCCAUGCUCUCGCGUGAUCUCCCCUACCGCCGUCGUCGUCUGGCCUGUCAAGGCCUCGCGUUGUUUGGGCUUGGGGGCGGAGCGAGCCCUGAAGGGGGCGGGUCCAGAUGGGGGCGUCUCCCGGCCUUGUUGACUUUGGCGUCCGCGGGGAGCUGCCCCCGUGCCCGUGGCUCUCUGCGCAUGCCCGGACCCCGGCGGCUCCGGAGUCUGGGAAGCUCUGGCUGCUCCAGUCCCGGGUCCGGGCCCCGCCUCUCCCCUCAGUGGUGGCGUCCGUGUUGUUAUUGUGGUGGUGGCGGCGUCUGGCUGCUGCGGACCCCGCCGAGUCCUAGCGCCUGGCCUGCGCGCCGCUGCCCGCGCCACAGGAUUAAUUUAUUUUGGAAAUCAAGUGCAAUAUUGGAAGCCAUUUCUACUAAUUUUAUUUCAUUUUUAAAUUUAUGAUUUGAUUUGAAUACUAUCAUGGGAGGAGCUGUGAGUGCUGGGGAAGAUAAUGAUGACUUAAUUGAUAAUUUAAAAGAAGCUCAGUAUAUUCGUACUGAAAGAGUGGAGCAAGCCUUCAGAGCGAUUGAUCGUGGAGAUUACUAUUUGGAAGGCUACAGAGACAAUGCUUACAAAGACUUAGCCUGGAAGCAUGGAAACAUCCACUUGUCAGCACCUUGCAUUUAUUCUGAAGUUAUGGAAGCAUUGAAACUUCAACCAGGAUUGUCUUUUCUUAACCUGGGAAGUGGAACCGGAUAUUUAAGUACAAUGGUGGGCUUAAUUUUAGGUCCUUUUGGAAUAAAUCAUGGGAUUGAGCUUCAUUCAGAUGUGGUGGAAUAUGCCAAGGAAAAACUGGAGAGCUUCAUCAAAAAUAGUGAUAGCUUUGAUAAAUUUGAGUUCUGUGAACCUGCAUUUGUUGUUGGUAAUUGCCUCCAGAUAGCAUCUGACAGUCAUCAGUAUGAUCGAAUUUAUUGUGGAGCUGGAGUCCAGAAAGACCAUGAAAACUACAUGAAAAUAUUACUAAAAGUUGGAGGCAUAUUAGUCAUGCCUAUAGAGGAUCAGUUAACACAAAUUAUGCGGACUGGACAGAACACUUGGGAAAGUAAAAAUAUCCUUGCUGUUUCAUUUGCUCCACUUGUGCAACCAAGUAAGAAUGAUAAUGGCAAACCAGAUUCUGUAGGACUCCCUCCCUGUGCUGUCAGGAAUCUACAGGACUUGGCUCGUAUUUACAUUCGACGCACACUUAGAAAUUUCAUAAAUGAUGAGAUGCAGGCCAAGGGGAUUCCUCAAAGGGCUCCACCCAAAAGGAAAAGAAAGAGAGUUAAACAGAGAAUUAACACUUACGUAUUUGUGGGUAAUCAGCUUAUUCCUCAGCCUCUAGACAGUGAGGAGGAUGAAAAAAUGGAAGAAGAUAACAAAGAAGAGGAAGAAAAAGAUCACAGUGAAGCGAUGAAGCCAGAGGAGCCACCUCAAAAUUUACUGAGAGAAAAAAUCAUGAAGCUGCCCCUCCCUGAAUCUUUAAAAGCUUACUUGACAUAUUUUAGAGACAAAUAACUUAGAUCAAGAAGAAAGAAUGCCUACUGAUAAUUCCUUUAGUCUUGAAAAUGUAGCAUUUGUUAGGAGUUAAAAGAGAAUUAUUUCUUUCACCAGAGCAAAUUAUAGUGGAAAAAAAAUCACUUGUUUCUGUCAGUAACACAAAUGAUGUAUUCAGUGAAUAAAAGAACCCCUUUUAUAAAAUCUAUUUUUCUUUAAAUCUUGGAAAAAUGUUGUUUUAGCUCAGAGUGAUUUCAAAGUGGAAUGCAACAGUAGUCAAGACUUGUGUACUAUAAGUCCUUUUCUGAUUCCUUACAGAUUUGUAGUGAUGAGGGUUAGAUUUAAUUUUAUAUAUGGUUUAAAUAAUUGUUAAGCUUAUAUAACCUGAUCUGAAUUGCAGUUGUUUGCAUUUCCUCUAUGAAAACUUCAUUUAUCUAAUAAGGAAAUCAAAUGCUUUGUAGACUAUUUACCUUACUUUUGUUGCAAUCACUGUUGUUGGGUUGCUGUAUAUAUAUCCCGGGCAAUAUAUGAGUGCAAUAACAAUACAAGAUACUGAAUAAUUUAGCUUUAAAAAAUCCCACAAAUUUUAUGAAAUUUUACAGCCCUGCUACUUUUGCUUUUGAAUCUCUUGCCAAAAGACAUGGGUAAAAUAUCUGCCUCUCUCAUAGAGAUUUUAAGAGCACAGCAAGUGAAUUAUUAAAAUAGAAAGUAUAUACUUAAUACAACUCUUUAUAUGGACCCUUUACAUUUUCAGUAUUUAAAAAAAAUGAGGUUAUCUUAACUCUCUAGAAUUUUAAAAGUAUAUUUAGAAUUGUUUUUUCUGUAGUUCAAUGUAUAAAGUAUUUGGUUUUUUAAAAAAAGCAAAACCAUUGUUAUGUGUGACUCUUGACAGGACACAGAACGAGUGAAUGAGCAUGAGUGAGGCCACUUUCUUGGAUGGCUGUAAGUAGCAGGGCCAGGGUAGACCUGGUCAGCGGAUGCACUUUAGCAGAUGGAACUUCUAGUUUAUCUGAAUAUUUAUCUUUGACAAGGUAGGGCUCAGCCUACAUUUGCUUUUGAUCUUUCUAGUAUAAGAAAUAUUCACAGAAAUUGUAUGUAGAUAUCCUUUGUUUUGAAAAUCCUGUUCAGAAUCAUAGUGUAAUCUUUGGGACCUAUGCCAUGUUCAUUUCACUCCUUCCCAUAUUUUUUGUGUUUCUUUUGGUAAAACUAUAAUGGUUUUCAUUUUUUACUUAAUAUCACACAAUUACACUGUCCAUAUUUGAGCUUUAUUUUAGCUUAUCAGUGAUAAAAAACAGGUAGUAACUGCCAUUGUUUGUUUGUUUUCCUAAUAAGGCCUGAAAACAGCCAUUCCUUGUUAAGAAAGUGUACAAUGUAACAUAUUUGCUAGAGUUACGUGGAUUAUAUAUUUCUUAAAGGGAAAAAUAUGAGAGUAUCAUGGACUACCACCAGCAUUAUUAUUACAGUAGUUACUCAGAUUUGGUUAAGGAAGCCCAAUCAAUGUAUAGUGAAAGGAUUAUUAUCUCUCUGCUAAGAUUCAGAUAUUGUUUCAGAAAUCUCAGCUCCAGUAAUUCCACAACAUCUAAAAACAAGUGUUUGUGGUCAUGUGUAAGCAUGAAAUUGUUCCAAGUAAGUGAGGAUAUUUUAGUUAUGUGAAAGACAGUUUCAUGGAAGGUAUUUGUUUUAUACCAGUGGCUGGGAUGGUGGAGUUGGGGUUAUUUCUACAGUUUUUCUUAGAUGAUUACUAAACUGUUAAGAAAUGCCCCAUAUCAUUUGUAUCUAGGAAAGAAAAAAAUCAGUUUCAUACUGUUGUCAUCUGUCAGAAAUGUUCAUUUUAUUUUGAAUUAAAUGUGGCUUUUCAAGUUACCUUGAAUUCCUGGUGACCACGUUUUUAUCUGGAAAACCUGGGGAAAGUUAUCUGUCCCAUCUCCCCUGCCUUUUUUUUUUUUGGUUGGAGCUGCUGUUUAGAUGAUACUUUUACUAUGCAGGAGAGAGUUUUUGUUAAGGAUAUAUUUGAAGAUUGGCUUUUCCAUAUUGUCUUUCAUUCUUUGACCGUGGCAAAGUGUACAGUAGAUUUUCAUGAUCAUUGCAUAUUUCUUGUCAUUGAAAUGUAUCUUUUAUGUUUUUAAAUGCAUUCAUUUUACACUUGUGACUUUAUCAUUGACUUUAAGAGGUAGAAAUAAAAAAUGAAAAUUAAAGCUAAAGCCUUUUUAUCUAUUAAUGCAGAUAUAUUAGAAUAAGAAUAUUUUGGGUUUGUGUUUAUUUUUUAAUGAAUUUAUGUUUACUUGAGUAUGGAAAAUUAUGCUUUAUAGGUGGAAAAGUAGCAAAUAAAGAUUAAGUAAAAGUAAGUGAAAAUGAUGGGGAAUAUAGUAUUGGAAUUUUAUAGCCAGAUAAAACAAUAAGUAUCAUCUAAUUUGGGUGUUUAUUUUGCAGAUGAGAAAACAGACCUAGAACUGUGGCAUGUUUUGCCUGAAACAUACAGUGAGUUAGAGACAGGGCCUAAGAUAGCUUCUAGCAUCAGAUCAAUCCCAAGAAUCCAUCAGCAACCUCAGACCUACCCAAGAAGAUAAUUUAAAUCUAUACUGCUUAUUGGUCAAUAUAUUUGGUUCUAGUAUUAAUAAAGAAAAAUGUUAUUAAAAUAGCAUACAUGGUGGUAAAAUAAAAUACAAAAAGUGUAUGUUGAUUUAUAGCUGUUUGAGAUGAUAAAAGUGAAGCAAAGCCUGUUAAAUCAUUGGAAGACUUGGAAAAUUAUUUUAAAUAAACAAUUACAUAUAAUUAAGCA